AUGUCUACGGCCUGGGGGAAGGCCGGGCGCUUCACAGCCAAAGCACUUGGUAUCAAGCUUCAAGAUAAAGACCCGUACGAUGAGGUUACUCGGGGCGAGUCCAUCAUAUCCAACCAUACAACCAGUUCCUUCGUGGAAGAGCCACCCCAUACAUCCGAGUUCUUGAGGGAACUUGUCCCUUCUGGAAAGCAGUUGGGUGACUACGCUAUUUCCCUCUUUCCCUUCACGUCCUGGAUUGGUCACUAUAACCUACAAUGGCUCGUGGGCGAUCUUGUAGCCGGUAUCACUAUCGGUGCCAUUGUUAUUCCACAAGGCAUGGCAUAUGCCCAGCUUGCCAACCUUGAGCCGCAGUUUGGUCUCUACUCUUCCUUCAUGGGCGUCUUGAUCUACUGGUUCUUUGCCACUUCAAAAGAUAUCACAAUUGGCCCAGUUGCCGUCCUUUCCUCGCUGACAGGCGGUGUGGUUGCUAACGUCAUGGAGGAGCUUCCUGGUGUUCCGGGCCAUGUUAUCGCGUCUGCCCUUUCUAUCCUCUCCGGCGCCAUUGUGUUAUUUAUUGGCUUGAUCCGGUGCGGCUGGAUCGUCGAUAUCAUCUCGCUCACUGCCCUUUCGGCCUUCAUGACCGGUUCGGCACUCAACAUUGCCGUCGGACAGAUCCCUACCUUGAUGGGUAUCAAGGGCUUUUCUACCAGAGAUCCGGCGUACUUGGUCUUCAUCCACACCUUGCAAGGCUUGCCUCGUACCAAGCUGGAUGCUGCCAUGGGCUUGACAGCACUUUUCAUGCUUUACGGCAUCCGGUCGCUUUGCAACUAUGUUGCCAGACGUUGGCCGCAACACCAGCGAGUGGCCUUCUUCCUUUCAACGCUGAGAACAGUCUUUGUGAUUCUGUUGUACACCAUGAUCAGUUGGUUGGCGAACAAGGACCUCCCUAGAGGAACUUCCAAGUUCAAGAUUCUCUUCGACGUUCCCAGAGGUUUCAAGAACGCAGCUGUUCCCGUCCUUGACAAGGAACUCGCAAGCAAGCUUGCUGGCACCCUUCCCGCCACCGUCAUUGUUUUGUUGAUCGAGCACAUCGCCAUCGCCAAGUCAUUCGGCCGCAUCAACAACUACAGCAUUGAUCCCUCGCAGGAGAUGGUGGCUAUUGGUGUUACUAACAUGCUGGGCCCCUUCCUUGGUGGCUAUGCUGCUACAGGCUCGUUCAGCCGUACCGCCGUCAAGUCUAAGGCUGGCGUGCGCACUCCCUUCGCCGGUGUCAUCACUGCUAUCGUGGUAUUGCUGGCUAUUUACGCCUUGCCUGCCGUCUUCUACUACAUCCCGAACGCCUCACUCGCAGCCGUCAUUAUCCAUGCUGUCGGUGAUCUGAUCACCCCUCCCAACACCAUCUACCAGUUCUGGCUCGUCUCGCCUCUCGAAGUCAUCAUCUUCUUCGUCGGCGUUUUCGUCACCGUCUUCUCCACCAUCGAGAACGGUAUCUACUGCACAGUCUGCCUGUCAUUCGCCGUCCUCCUCUUCCGCAUUCUCAAGGCUCAGGGCCGCUUCCUCGGCCGUGUCAAGGUCCACUCUGUCCUCGGCGACCACGUCAUCGGCGAUGAUCCCCGGAAGCCCGUGGACGAAGGCUACGGCACCUUCGUCGGCGGCUCCUCGCAAGACGCCCCCUAUCGCAACAUCUUCCUCCCCAUCACGCACGCGGACGGCUCCAACCCGGAAAUCGAACUCGACAACCCCUACCCGGGCAUCUUCAUCUACCGCUUCUCCGAAGGCUUCAACUACCCCAACGCCAGCCACACGCUCGAAUACAUGGUGCGGUACAUCCACAAGAACACGCGCCGCACCACGCUCGCGCAAUUUGACCGGCUCGGCGACCGGCCCUGGAACGACCCCGGCCCGUCCAGGCGCAAGCUCAAGGUGGCCGCGCGCGCGGGCAUCGACUCGAACGAAAUCGGGGUCAACAUGCACCUCCCCACGCUCAAGGCCAUCAUCCUCGACUUUUCCUCGGUAAACAACAUAGAUAUCACGUCGGUCCAACAGCUCAUCGAUGUGCGCAACCAGCUCGACCGGUACGCCUCGCCCGAUGUCGUCGACUGGCACGUCGCCUGCAUCAGCAACCGCUGGACCAAGCGCGCCCUCGUCUCUGCCGGCUUCGGCUACCCCUCUGCCAACAUGCCCGACGGCCAGAUCAGGAGGUGGAAGUCCAUCUUCAGUGUGGCCGAGAUCGGCGGCGAGCAGAGCGCUGCCGCCACUGCCGAGCAGGAAGUCAACGAGAAGGAAUUCGGCCCUACCCUGUCCGCUCGCGGUCGUGUUGCUCAGCAACAGCAACAACGAGGAGGCGGUAACUCGAUGGACAUCGAAUCUGGUUCUGCCACCGAUGAUACCGAAGCCGUAGGCACGCUCAAGGCCACUGCCUCCGGUUCAGAAAGGGUACCCGGUGAUGCUGCGACUCACUCGCGGUUCGGUUCUAUCGGCAAUGGUGGCGGCCGCACCGUGGCCGUGCACGGUAUCAACAGGCCGCUGUUCCACGUCGACUUGACGAGCGCGCUGCAGAGCGCGAUUGCCAACGUGGAGGCUAGGGUGGAGUUCACUGGUACUGCGUCUUCGAUUAAGGGCGUUGAGCCUGUUGCUACGCCGACGCCCAUGUCGCAGAGUCAAGAGAACUUUGAGGGCGGUAGCACGUCUGGUGGAUCUCCGGGGACGGGGUCGAAGCCGCUGGGAGUUAGCCUGCCUCCUUAUGAGUUGGUUGAUCCAAGGAAGGAGGACCAGUCUCCUGGUUCUAAGCCUUGA